AUGCAGAGCCCGGCGCAGUACGUGAGCGGUAACCAGCUGCAGCGACGGGACGCCAGCCGGCUACUGCCGCCGCUGCUGGCGCGACUCGACUGUUACGGGACAGUGCUGGGCGUCGACACGUCGCAGGCGAUGGUUGAUUUCGCCCGCCGCACGUACGGCACGGACAGAAUCCAGUUCCAGCGUGCGGACAUCUCCUCGCCAACGGUCGCCAAGGUCAUCGGCACCACCUUCGACCGCAUCUUCUCCUUAUUCUGCCUGCACUGGGUGCAGGACCAGAGGUUGGCGCUGAAAAAUAUUCGCGAUCUGCUGAAUACCGAUGGUCACGCAAUACUGAUCUUCUUAGCGAACAACAAAAUUUAUGAAAUGUAUGAAAAAAUGUCAGAAUAUCCACGGUGGCAAGUCUUUAUGCGUGACUGGCGGAGUUUUGUGUCGCCUUACCAGCAAGAGGCGAACCCGGCCCAACGCUUCUGCCAUCUAGCGGCGAAGGCAGGACUUUCAGCCUGUCGGGUCACCGCUCCGUGGUGCUCGUUCGAAUUUUCGACAACCGAAGACCUCGAAGCGGCACUGACGCCUGUAAAUCCAUUCGUGGACAGGAUACCGAAAGAGGAGAGGCACACUUUCAUGGCGCAGUGCGUCCAGGAGAGCACCCGACGGCUUUUCUGA